AAUACUCAUCCUAAAUUCAUUCACUCAAAUAAAAGUUUGAAACUUGACGCUCAGCUCAAGCGAAGAAUCGCGUACACAGCAGCCCCUUUAAAUUUUAUACAGCCGCCGCCCUCUUUCAUCUUCGUCCCCUCCAUAACCCCAUUCUUCGCCUCUUGCACAAAAAUAUUCAACAACUGGAAGCAGAUUCAUCUUCAUACUCUCUAAUCCGGCGUCUGUAUCACUUCCAAUUUUCGAAACCGCCAUGCUAUGAUCUGCAGUUCACUUUUUCUAUGUUUUUUAGCCUAUUUGCAUCAAAAAGGAGAAAUGUUCUAGUCAGGGCCCUGCAUUUUUGUAAGAAAUUCACACCACCUGGUGCUGAAGAUAUAAUCUUCAAGGCAAUUUGUGUGAAUAUUAGACAGAAGAAAUGGAAAUUCUUGGAUCAAUGUUCUUCAAGUCUCACAACUACUUUGCUCCUGCGUAUUUUUCGAGAGCUCCGCAGCUCUCCGCGGCUACUUUUGGAGUUCUACCAACGAGUGGGGGGAGUAGAAGUUGUUUCGUGCUCAUUAGAAUCUUGUUGUGUUCUGAUUCAUGUGAUGGUAGAAUGCAAGAACUUUGAUGAUGCAUUGUGGUUGAUGAAAGAACUGAUGAUAGCCAAAGGCUAUUUGCCUUUGGAGGUGUUAGAAGCAUUGAUACGUAGCUCUAAUGGAGGUUUUCCAAGUAGCGCUGUUAUUGAUGCAUUGGUUAGGUCUUGCACACAAAUUGGCGCAACUGAGGAUGCAUAUGAGGUUAUCAAGGAAUCAAGGAUGGUAGGCAUUCAUGUAUCCAUUCAUGCUUGGAACAAUUUUUUGGGCCACCUAUUGAAAAUAGGAGAUGUUGCUAGCUUUUGGGCAAUGUACAAAGAAAUGGUUUCUUAUGAGUAUUAUGAGAGUGUGAACACUUAUAAUCUGCUAAUUUACGCUCUUUGUAAAGAAAGUCAACUAUCCGAGGCUUUGUCAGUGUUUUAUAGGAUGAUAAAGGCCGGAUUUUUGCCUAAUAUUGUUGGAUUCAAUAUGCUUAUUGACGGAGCUUGUAGAGCUGAUGACCUUGAUGUGGCGCAGAAGGUUAUUGAGAAUAUGGAAACAAUGUCAAGGGGGUACGUCUCUGCUAAUGUAAUCACCUACAAUUGUCUCAUCAAUGGUUAUUGCAAGCAGGGUAAUCCUGAAAUGGGUGAAGAAAUUUUAGAUAAAAUGAUCGAGAUAGGUGUUAAGCCUAAUGUACGAACUUAUGCCACAGUGAUUGAUGGGUAUUCGAGAAAGGGGUACUUGGAGGAGGGAUUUAAGCUGUGUGAUAGAAUGGUUGAAAAUGGUAUGAUUCCGAACUCAGCCAUUUAUUGUUCAUUUAUCCACUGGCUAUGGGUGGAAGGAGAUAUUAGGGGAGUUUCGCUGUUACUAUCAAGCAUGAUGGAGAAUCGCGUAGACCCUGAUGAAUUCACCCACUCUAUUAUAAUUAAAGGAUUAUGCAGAAAUGGUUAUGUCAAUGAAGCUCUUAAAGUUCAGAACUGGAUAAUAAAUAUGAACCUUGUUGAAGAUGCUUUCUGUUGCAGUAUUCUCAUCAACUAUCUUUUCAGAAGCAACAAUAUAUCUGGAGCAGAGCAACUCCUCGGCAGAAUGUUUGUUCGAGGCUUACUUCCAGACACGGCCACAUAUGGCGCUAUGAUUGAUGGAUACUGCAAAGCGAGCGAAAUGAAAAGCGCCAUUGAGGUUUACAGUGACAUGAUUAAGGUGUACAAGCCAAAUUUGGUAAUCAUGAAUUCCAUUUUGAAUGGUUUUUGCAAAGAAGAAUGUAUGGACCUCUCCAUGUCUUUGGUAGAUGAGAUGAAGAGGUUGAAUAUGUUUGAUACCAUAAGUUUCAACACGUUGUUGAGUUGCUACUGCAGUACAGGGAGAUUCAAAGAAGCAUUUGAUUUGUUCACAAAGAUGAGAAGAAGGGGCUUGUUGGUGAACACGGUGAGCUAUAAUAUUAUGAUCAACUUGGUAUGCAAAUGGGGAUUGUUUGAGCAAGCUAGUCAGAUUUUGAGUGUGAUGCUACGUCAGGGCUUAACUCCAGAUUCUGUUACGUAUAGAACGCUACUGAGCAACCUCAGCCAGAAGAGCAGUUGUGAGGACGUGGUGAAAAUGCACGAUUAUUUGUUACUCAAGGGGGUAGUCCCUCACAGACCCACAUAUCAAGCUAUUGUUCGUCGACUUGAACUUGAUGAUGUUUGAUACUCUACUACAUCAGACAUUUCCAUGUAAGCCAAAUAUUCAUUCAGAUUCUUAUCCAUGCCAAUUAUUCCUGCCUUGUA